AUGUCUGAAGCAUUAGGGAAGCACGACUCUGUCAAGGCCAAGGUUGAAAGAACUCCACUUGGUGUGCAAUGCAUGGGCCUCAAGAGUGGUUCAUCAGGUUCUAAGAAGAAGUUUGAGAAGAAGACAACCAAGAUUCCAUCAAGAAAGGUGUAUCAGUCUCAAGCUCGUGACAAGACUACCUCAAAUGCUCCUAUUAUUGAAGAUGUCACAGGUGAAGAAGAACUUUCUGCUGAAAACUCUUCCAUUGGUUCUAAUCAAGAUGCUGUGCCCGAUGUUAGGGCUUCUGUACUUGCAGAUGGUUCAACUCAAGAAAUUUCUGGGAAGGAAUCCACUGCUCGUGAAGAUUCAGGUUCCAAGGAAUCAAGCCAGUCUCCUGCCUCUAUUCAAAACAUCUCUGAUGAUGACUCUGAUGAUGUUCCGUUAACUGCUUCUCUGCCUGAUAGUGUUGCUGCUAGGAUCAAGAGAAAAAGAAGGGUUUCUGAUGUUGAAGAAUCUCCUGCCCCAAAGAAGAAGACCAAGUCCACUCCAACAACUUCCAAGUCCAAGCAAAAAGAUGUGAAGGGAAAAGGUAAGCAACAGCAAGUUAAAUCCAAGAGUGUGAAGAAGAAGAAGGUUCCACUUGCUGCUGAGGAAUCUGGGUCAGAUGUUGAGGGGGAUGUCGAGGACAUCUUGCCUUAUGAGAAGAAGUAUGCAGGAAAACGCAUUCCUCAGAAUGUCCCUGCUGUUCCUAUUGACAAUGUGUCCUUUCAUGCUGAAGGUCAUGUUCAGAAGUGGAAGUAUGUGUGCCAACGCGGAGUUGCCAAGGAAAGGGAAGAUGGCUCUGAUGUACUUGAGUGCAAGGAAGUGGUUGCAUUUAUUGAAAAGGCUGGACUGAUGAAGACCAUUCUCAAGGUGGGAAGAUGUUAUGAAAAACUGGUGAGAGAAUUUCUGGUGAAUUUGUCUGUGGAAGUGGGACUUCCUGAAAGUGUUGAGUUUAGAAAGGUGUUUGUCAGGGCAAAAUGUGUUGAAUUCUCCCCUGCUGUGAUCAACAAAGCACUUGGCAGAAGUACUGUAGAGUUUGUUGAUGAGGAGUUGUCCUUGGAUGUGAUUGCCAAGGAGAUUACUGCUGGCCAAGUCAAGAAGUGGCCCAUCAAGAAGUUGUUGUCUACAGGAAAACUGAGUGUGAAGUAUGCCAUCCUUAACAGGAUUGGGGCUACCUUGAAGCAUGCUGACACUUGUGCUGUGAAGCUGCCCAUAUCAUAUCGAUCUCUUCUUACAGAGAUUAUUCUUCAACAGCAUCCUCAGAUCAUCGGGGCUGAUGAGGUUCCUUUGCCAAAGGGUGUUCCUAUUACCCUGGAUCAACGAUUGUUUAUGGAGCCACAUGUCAUAGACAUUGCUGUGCCAUUUAGCAGAACUUCUGCCCCUGCUCCUGUGAGUGAAUCUAGCACUAAGGUUAUUAUUGCUGAAUUAAUGGCUGUUUCUAAGGCCCUACAGGAGACUAUUAGGAUCAGCACUGCAAGGAAGCUAAAGGUUGAUGCUUUGCUUCUCAAGCUUCAAGAGGAAGAAGGUCAAGAGGGUGAGCCAAGUGGUGCUGUUGCUGCUCCUCAGGAUGCCAGCAUUGAAGAAGAGGGAGAAUAUGAAGAGAAUAUAGAAGACUCUGAAGGCGACUUCAGUUCUGAUGAUUAG